AUGUCAUCAUUCAUUUUUCGAGAAGAGGCAGAAAUUUAUGUGCGAAAGAUAUCCCAAUUGCCACCUGAAUCACUAAUCUGUAACAAAGAAUUACUUCGAAACAUACAUCGUGAGGCACUUCAUGCACAAAACGAACGUGAGGUUUCUCUUCUGAUGCAGCGUUUUCAAAGUGUCGAAUGUAUGAAUGCAAUACAACAAUUUUUGAUGAGAAAAAAGUGA